CGGCGGAUUCCGAUGGAUUAUUCGACGGCGAAUCGCCGGACGGUUAAAAAAUCGGCGAAAUCUGAAAUCUACUCAACAUUCGUAGUUCACAGCGACGAAGAAGAAGAUGAAACACAAAAAAAUUCUAAAAAAAUAGAUACAGGUGAUAUAUAUGCUACAAUGUUAUGUAAAGAAGACGAAGAUUCACUCCCUCCGUUACUACAACGUGUUCCGGAGGGAUUUGGAGCAGCGGUGGAUUCCGACGAAGACGGCGGCGGCGAAAGCAUCUCCGGUACGAUGAUCGUUAGAUCUGACCGUAGGCGCGUGCAAUCCACGUACAGAAGAAACGAAUCUGAUGAUGAGGACGAAGAUGAUGAUUAUGAUGACGGUGAUGAUGACGAAGGAAAUGGAUUUGGAACGUUUGUGAUGAGAGAUAGAGAAAGUGAGUCGGUGUCCGGGACGGUAGUACGGCGGGGGAGUGGCGGCGGUGGAAUGUCGACGAUGAGUAGAGCAGUGGCGAGUAUGCAGGCGGUAGGUGAAGGAUUUGGUAAAGGGAGGAAAGGGAUUGGAACGGCGUCGUCUUCGUAUGAUGAAGACGGAGGUCAUCCGCGGAGGAAGGCGAGUAAAAUGUCGUCUGGUUCGAUUACGGAUAGUGUUACGAGAGAGGAUCCGUCUACUAAGUAUGAAUUGCUUCAUGAGCUUGGAAAGGGUUCUUAUGGGUCUGUCUACAAAGCUCGUGAUUUAAAAACUUCAGAAAUGGUUGCAAUCAAAGUGAUAUCACUAUCUGAAGGGGAAGAAGGGUAUGAAGAAAUUCGUGGUGAAAUAGAGAUGUUACAGCAAUGUAGUCAUCCUAAUGUUGUUCGGUAUCUAGGAAGCUACCAGGGUGAGGAGUACCUCUGGAUUGUAAUGGAGUAUUGUGGCGGAGGAAGUGUUGCUGAUUUGAUGAACGUCACCGAUGAACCUUUAGAGGAGUACCAAAUAGCAUACAUAUGUAAGGAAGCAUUGAAGGGUUUAUCCUAUUUGCACUCAAUAUUCAAGGUGCAUCGUGAUAUCAAGGGUGGUAAUAUCUUGUUGACUGAACAAGGAGAGGUCAAGUUGGGUGAUUUUGGUGUUGCUGCACAGCUAACAAGGACAAUGUCCAAACGUAACACGUUUAUUGGUACUCCCCACUGGAUGGCUCCAGAGGUUAUCCAGGAAAGUCGAUACGAUGGGAAGGUAGAUGUGUGGGCCCUUGGGGUGUCUGCAAUUGAAAUGGCUGAGGGCCUUCCUCCAAGAUCGAAUGUGCAUCCAAUGAGGGUGUUAUUUAUGAUCUCCAUCGAACCCGCCCCAAUGCUUGAAGAUAAGGAAAAAUGGUCUCUUGUGUUCCAUGAUUUCAUUGCUAAAUGUCUUACCAAAGACCCUCGUAUACGUCCCACUGCAUCUGAGCUAUUAAAGCAUAAAUUCAUUGAAAAAUGCAAAAGUGGAGCUUCUGCUAUGGUGCCUAAACUCGAAAAGGCAAAGCAAAAUAGGGCGGCUAUGGCAUUGGAAGCAGAUCAUGUUGUUUCUGAAACCAUACCAGGAUAUGGGACACUUGGACCGAAAAAGAAUGAAGACUUCGGAGAUACUGUUCCAUCCAAGCUUCAUCAAGUACCUAAUGGAAUACCUGCUGUUGGUGGUACAGUAAAUGCUGAUGCUUUGGAAGUGGCUGGAGAAGGUGAUUUUGGAAGUGUCAUAAUUCAUAGCAGAGUUGAUAUAGGUAAGACCGCUGCUAAAACACCUCUUCCAGCGGUAAAGGAUCCCUCACUCGCUUUAGCACAUGGUCAAAAUUCGGAAAUUCCUGAUCGUGGAGAAGAUUCAGUUAGUCCAUGGUUGACCAAGAAAGUUGGUGCAUCUGCAGAUGCAUCUCGUGCUAUUGAAUCACCAGGUACUGAACACACCGCACAAGCUAUUGCCAGCAACGGGCCUGUCAUCAGUGGCACCACAAAGAAUGAAGGUGUUAAUCGCAAAGCACUAGACAAGUUGUGGUCCAUAUAUGCUGCUGGCAACACAGUGCCCAUUCCGUUCUUGAGGGCAACUGAUAUAUCUCCCAUUGCAUUGUUAUCUGAGAAUAUGCUAGGAAGUCAGCAUCUGGAUGAUGUUGGAAACGUAGCUGUAGAAGCAUUGCAAGAGCUUUUCACGAGUGAUGGACAGUCUAAGAAGGGUCGAAGACAGAAUGAGCUACCUCUUCCUCCAAGUGUAUGUCAGAGACUCACUUCAAGUCCGACUUUGAUGAACCUUGCACAAGCUUUAUCGUAUCAUAAAAUGUGCUACGAAGAGAUGCCUCUGCAGGAACUCCAAGCAACUCAGGAACAACAAACCAUACAGAACCUUUGUGAUACACUUCGAACCAUAUUACGGUUAUAAGAGAGCAGGUAUCUGUAGUUCAUAUCUUCUAGUAUUUAACUCAACUAACUAGUUUGUAUCAUUGUGAAAUUCCUUGUAUAUUAUAAUUGUACCAAUAGAAGUCAAAUCCAGAGUAUGUAACUGCUUUAAGUUGUAUUCAUUAGUAUUGUAAACGUGUAAUCUCUAAGUUUCAAUAGGUCCGAAUUCAUUUAUCUACCGUUCAUUUCAUACUA